GCGGCCUGUGGUUGCGGGAUGUCGGAGUCGGUGCUCCUCUCUUUAAGGUUCCCCGGCAGCCGGCGGCGGAGUGGACCUGGGGCAGCGGGGUCCGUUCCAGGAUCGAGCGGGUUUGUACCAGCGCGCCGGGCUCCGCCGGCUGCCGUGAGGUCCCGGUUCUCCUGGGUGGCUGGGGGUAUGGGGACCGCCCCGUGAGGACCCCCCCCCCCGGUAGACCUCCAGGACCGCAUCCUGGGGCUCCUGGAAGAGAAGGCUCUAAAAUAGGGAGAGUUGCUAACUCUGCGUCAGGACCGGGCUUUUUCACCUUCGAGGACCGCCUAUUCUGCACUUCAGCUGUGAGAGAGAUAACCAUUGCGUGAUUUUGAUCAGGAAUGAAAUCUGAAAGCUAAGAGCAGAAGCCUUUUUGGUCAACAUGGAGGACAAAAGACGGCGAGCCCGAGUGCAGGGAGCCUGGGCUGGCCCCGCUAAGAGCCAGGCCACUGCUCAGCCAGCUACCACUGCUAAGAGCCAUCUCCACCAGAGACCUGGUCAGACAUGGAUGAACAAGGAGCAUCAUCUUGUGGACAGACAGUUUGUGUUCAAAGAACCCCAGCAGGUAGUACGCAGAGCCCCAGAGCCACGAGUGAUUGACAAAGAGGGUGUGUAUGAAAUCAGUGUAUCACCCACAGGUGUAUCUAGGGUGUGUUUGUAUCCUGGCUUUAUUGACCUAAAAGAAGCCGACUGGGUAUUGCAACAGCUUUGUGAGGUCGUUCCCUGGAAACAGAAAACUGGCAUCAGAGACGAUGUAACUUACAAGCAACCAAGACUUACAGCAUGGUAUGGAGAACUUCCUUACACUUAUUCAAGAAUCACUAUGGAACCAAAUCCUCACUGGCACCCUGUGCUGCGCACACUGAAGGACCAGAUCGAAGAGAACACCGGCCAUACCUUCAACUCCUUGCUCUGCAAUCUUUACCGAAGUGAGAAGGACAGUGUCGACUGGCAUAGUGACGACGAACCUUCCCUAGGGAGAUGUCCCAUCAUCGCUUCCCUGAGCUUUGGUGCCACACGCAGUUUUGAGAUGAGAAGGAAGCCACCACCAACUUCUCAAAUCCUCUGUCUAGAGUAUGAACGAACCCCAGUUCUUACCGUAACCUCCCGUGGCAGCCGUGAGAAUGGGCCUUGCAGACCUCUUGGGACAGGGGAGAUACUUAGCAGAGCAGCCCUGGCUUUGACAUCCAUCCCAUGCGCCCACGAGCUGCUCGCCACCAAUGACCAUGUGCACAGCUGAGGACAUGAGGACGGAACCAUUCCCAGGAGACGCCGAUUAUUUUUCUUGGUCGACUUUGGCUCGAGAAUUUCCCAGUGGGUCUGCUGAAGCUUUCUUAGACUGCCACGGUCACCUCUCCCUAUCUCCUUCUCUCGGGGUCACUCUUGCAUCGAGACCUGCCCUGCUGAGUCCCCCCAGGCCUUCACUGGCUCCUUCUAGUUCAUUUCCCACACGCACGUCUCCUAAUGACAUCCUUGCACACUUAAUCCUCUCUUGGCGUCUGCUUCUUGGAGACUCCAGGCUAGCACACCCUUCCAUCCCCCAGCAGGUUCCUGAGGCCGCCAUGCGUCUCUCACGGGCACCCACCGGCACAGGGGAGGAGGCUGGGCAUCAUUUCAGAGAGUACUGUAGAGUACAUUUUAGAUCCCUCAAAGUUGGCCAAGCAAACGUGUGUCAUCGUGGUCAGCCAGCCCCGCUUUCUGGAUGGGCAAUAAGCACGUGUGUGGGGCGAGAGGACCAGGGCCUCCCACAGAGACAAACGUCCUCUCAACUUAUGCUCAAGGCCAUAUGACUCAGGAGGACCACCUGCCCAUUCAGCUCCCAGGCGCAGGGCAGAGACUGCUAAUUGCCCACCAACACUCAUUUUCCCCUUCCUCCAGGGCAAACAGCCAGACUCUAGGUCCCAGAUGCUCCUGCAUGUAGGUCUCUCAAUGUGAUUAAGCUUUUUGCCAAUGGCAUAUACUGGCAAGGGAAGCGUGAUUCUCCCAGUCCUAGGCCUUAAGGUGUACCCUCCCACCACCCCCAUGCUCUCUUUCCCCUUCCCACAAGUGGGAACCUGGAUGCACCUCCAACCCAGCGGUGAUCAAGCUGCCAAGGCCAAUGGCCUAGAGGAUGGCAGGGCAACAGGACGGAAGGCCCCCCAGGCUCCUGGAUGACUUUGUGGAACCCAGCAGCCUGCCAAUCUGGAAUGGUCCUCAUAGACUAUUACAUGUGAAAGAAACACAUUUCCCUCUUCGUUGAGCCACCAAAUCAUUAUGGGCUCUCAUUCUUAUAGCAGCCUUCCCUGACCCUAAAUAAACAAAGAAUAAUACUGGCAGUUUAUUAUUUGCUGUCUUAGCAAAACCCCUACAAUAUGAGGCAUUGACUUAGUGGUUUUGCUGCAGGUGGGAAGCGUGCAGACAUUGCAGGCUGGAAAGUUGGAGACUGUAGUUAUACCUUGGAAAAACAGCUGAUAAAACCAUUUUUAUUACGCUUUGGAAUGCCGGUCAUGUGCUGGCUGAGUUCACAGCUCUAGCAGAAGUGGCUGGAAAGAGCUGGAAUAUCCGUGUAUCCUGGUUGCUGUUCUUUGUGGCUUUCAGCAGAUUAUUAAAGAAAGACCUGAGAGAUGGAAAGGAAUAGAGAAUAUCUAGAAACAUGGCGCCUGAGAGGUGAAAGCCACCCACCCUUCUUUGUCAUCCACAUAGAAGGAAAUCAGCUAUUGUGGCUUAGAGCCUUUCUGGAAGACCACCCAGGAGACCCAGCUCAGGAUCCAGCCCAGGAGUGAGGUUAGGUUAAGGGUAUUGUCUUCCCACUCAGACUUAUUGUUUCAGAAUUCCCCCCCCCCCAGUGGCCCUGGCCCAAAUGAAAGUUAGAUGGGCCAGAGCAGGAAACAAAGUAAUAAAACAAGCUUCAGAACUCUGCUGAGAAAACAUCUUUGGGUGUGGUUUUUGGCACCUGGAACUAGCUAGAAGCACCUAGACCAGAAGCCUUUUGAGGGGAUUGCCAAGAAAAGUAGGAAUUGACCGGUGAUUACAACUGUUUGAGCCCCAAGGAGGUCAGACCUUUUAACACCUACUUCAGAAGCGGCCACAGAGGACGAUGGGGGAGGAAGAAUUUUCCAGAACUGGGUUGGCCAGAUUAGCCUCAUCUGCCAGAGCAAGUCCUCACCAGUUGCCAGGACAAUUUGUUAUGCACCAGUGACUUUUUUUUUUUAUUUUAAUUCCACUAUAGUUCACAUACAGUGUUAUAUUGGCUUUAGGCGUACAAUAUAGUGAUUUAGCAAUUCUAGACAUCACCCCAUGCUCAUGACGACAAGUGCACUCCUUAACCCCGUCUCCUAUUUCACCCGUCCCCCCACAACCCUCCCCUCUGGUAACCAUUGGUUUGUUCUCUAUAGUUCAGAGUCUGUUUCUUGUUUUUUUUCCUCUCUCUCUCUUUUUUCCCCCCUUUGCUCAUUUGUUUUGUUUCUUAAAUUCUACAUAUGAGUGAAAUCAAAUUGCAUUUAUCUUUCACUGACUUAACUUACUUCACUUAGCAUGAUAUCCUCUAGCUCCAUCCAUGUUAUCGCAAAUGGCAGGGUUUCUUUUUGAUGACCAAGUACUACUCCAUUGUAUAUAUCUACCACUUCUUUACACAGAUGGACACUUGGGUGGCUUCCAUAUCUUGGCUACUGUAA